CCAACUUCCAAUCUAUUUUCUUGAAGAAGAAAUUCACCCCCUUUUUUAAUUUUUUAAUUUUAAUUAUUUUAUUUAAUUAUUGGGAAAGAUGAAAUCUUUGGAAAUAAAAGAAAGCAGGUGGUGGUUUGGCAGGUGGUUUUUGCAACAUGAAAAACAGAAGCAAACACAACACCCUUCAACUGGAAAAUACAACACAUUUUCUGAUCUGUUCUUCCUUUUAUGCUCUUCUUCUUGGCCUCUGAGUUGGAAUGUGCUGGUGGGAAUGCUGAUCAACAUUGGGAGCAAUGGAAUAUGUUUGAAAUCAAUAUUUGAUAUGUUACACAUCUUCUCAAACCAUCUACGAUAGCCUUAUGAUACAUGCAACACUUUCUGGAAUGGGUUUAGAAGCAGGUAGCACUGAUGAAACUGUAAGCGUGCUAGAUGAACUAUGGCCUCUUGAUGAUAUUGAUCCGGUGAAGUCGAAGUUCCCGUGUUGUUUAGUUUGGACUCCACUUCCAGUUGUCUCAUGGUUGGCACCUUUUAUUGGACAUGUUGGCAUAUGUCGAGAGGAUGGCUCUAUUCUUGACUUUUCCGGGUCUAAUCUUGUAACUGUAAACGAUUUUGCAUUUGGUGCAGUGGCAAGAUAUUACCAACUUGACAGAAAACAGUGCUGCUUUCCUCAGAAUUUAUCAAGGCACAAAUGCGAGCAGCGCUACAAACAUCAUGAGCUUGGUACUGCUAUAUCUUGGGAUGACGCUCUAGAAACAAGCUUGCGACACUACGAGAACAAAUCGUACAAUCUCUUCACGUGCAAUUGCCACUCAUUUGUGGCCAACUGUCUGAAUCGCCUUUGCUAUGGUGGAUCAAUGAGCUGGAACAUGAUUAAUGUUGCUGCAGUGGUCCUAUGCAAGGGAAGAUGGGUGGAUGGCAUGUCAGUCUUAAGAUCCUUUUUGCCUUUUCUAGCAGUGCUGUGCCUCGGCAUUUACAUGGUUGGCUGGCCCUUCUUGAUCGCACUGCUAUCUUUUUCUCUCAUGCUUCUUGCUUGGUUUGUGGUAGGAACCUAUGUUGUCAACAACAUACUAGAAUGCUAGGUGAUUGGAGAUUUGGUAAUAAUAAUUCAAACUUUUGUAAGCUGUAAAUGGCAGCAUGGUACAGGUAGACAUUUUGUAAGGUUGCAAUUAUAAACUAUAUGGAAGGUUGGCAUUUUUACAGGGGAUUGAAGGGAUUUUUUUAAAAA